AACUGAAUAUAUUAAUGUAUAAUAAUAUUUCACACUAAAUUUGAAAUUAGUGAAAAUAUUUAAAUAUAUUUUUGAAAAUGAAGAUCUUGUAAGAAUCUUUUAAAAAAGAUUUGUUAGAAUUUAAAAUAAACAUAUUUAUAUUUAAAAUGAAAAGAUGUCGAAAGAUAUUAUGAUUCAAGUAUUUUAAAUAUUCUAUGUAUUAUUAGUGUUAAUAAAAUACACUUAAUAAGAUUUUUAAAUGAUGGUUCAAAUUAAAAAUCACACGUGAAAGAAGUUAUGACUUCUAUUUUAAUAUAUACAAUUUAUAUAUUAUAUUUUAAAAAUUGUAAUAAAUCUGUGUAAAAUAUUUUAAUAAUAACUUAAUGUGUGAAUUGUUUGCUGUAAAAAAAAAUUCUUAUUUUAUCUACUUUAUAGUCAUGAUCAUGUUAAAAUAUCAUUAUUAUACAUAAAUAAAUAUGAUAAAAGUAUAUUCAAUUGAUAAAUUGAUAAAUUUUAUUUUCAUAAAUAUAAACUAUUUAUUUUAAAAAUAAAAUAUGAUGAUAGAACGGCUUAAAAUUAGCAAACUAUAUAAAAUAUGUCAAAAAAAAUUAACAUAUCUUAGACUUUUGUAUAUACAAUAACUAUGGUCGGCCUGCCCUACGGGCAGAAAGUUAUAAUAAAAGUGAUUUUAUAAUAAUUUAUGAAGUAAUUUAAAAUUAUGAUAGGUUAAAAAAUAUUAUAAACGAAAAAAUAAUGAAAGACUUAUGAGAUUAUUAUAAUUAUAUUUUUGUUUUGAAUUAUAAUGACAGUAAAUUUCACUAUUCUCUGAUAAAUGACAUUAUAUUUUUAAUAUUUAUUUAAUUCAAAUGUUUUGUUUAUAUUAUUCUUAAUUAAAAUAACUUAUUUAAGGGUUUUUAAUUUUUUGCGAAUAAGACUUAAAACUUGAAGUCAUUCCUAAAGUAAUUCAUGCAUUUUUUUGUGAUGUAAUUAAUAUUCCAUUUGUAUGUAUGUUUUGUAAAAUUUUGUUAAGAGAAGUAUAUAAUAAUGUUUAUGGGUUUUGAGAAUUUUAGGGCGUCGAAGGAUUAUUUAUGUUAAGAUUAGUUAUAUUUGAGUUAAAUGUUUUAAUGGGAUUCAUUGAAUGAUUUAAUGUGAUACUCAAUGAGGAUGCAUGAAUCCAACCGACUUCCAUAACGGUUCCAAAAUUUAACCAAGGGUAGAAGAAGCGGAAUCGAACAGCCAAAUACGACGCCUUCCAACUGACCUUGGUCGGAAUUCAAUGUGGCCGGUGCAGCAAAUCUUCAUUGGCCGUAGGUUUGAACCAGAAUUGUUAAAACGCAGUAGAUCUGCCUUUCGUUCGUCGACAUUAUUUUUGGAGAAGAAGUCGUCUCAUAUGGGACCCCCUCAUGUGAUAUCGUACAGCCCAGAAACCCAAUUAUGUUAAGCCCAAAACACUGAUAUGAAAUAUUUAUUAACAAAAAGAGAAAAGCCCAUUAAUAAUUGUGAUUAAGUGAAACGGUGAGUAUCAUCCAACCCGGACACGUGUCGGCCUUUAAGGAACUGACUUUAUGACGUGGUAAAGCAGGAGUGAAGCGAACAUAUUUUUAUAUAUAUAGAUAUACAUAUAUUAUCUAAAAUGAAUAAGCAUAAAAAAUAUUGGUAAAAAGAUAAAUAUAUAAUAAGAAGUUUUUUCAUGAAUAUAUUAAUUUGCUUAAUAACUAAAUGCAAAUACAAUAAGAUAAAUAUAUAAUAAAAAGUAAGAAAUCAUAUGUUUUAAACAGUUGAUUAAUUAUAACAUGUAAAUUAUAAAAUUAUUGUAUUUGAAAUAGUUAUAUAUAAACAUUUAAGUAUAUGAUUAACGUUAAACAUAUAUACCACUUCUGUUGUAAAACAAUAAUUUAUGUAUAGAAAAGUUAAAACAAACACCCGCGUCAAAAUCUAGUUCAAGUUAAUCUUUUUCACAAUCUCAUGUCUAAUAAUGUUGUAAUAUUCAUUUUAGUAAGAUUAUAGUUAUUUUAAACAAAUAAUUUUAUCCUUUGGAGUAAUUGUCCCCUGUUCCUUUUCCUUGAAGCUUCAUUCAUAUUACUACUUUACAAAGUUGAUUAAGGCAUAGUGGUUUUUCUUUGAAUGUGGUUUCCCUAAAAUUCAGGUUGACACUUAGUAAGGUAUGUAAUAUAUAUCCCCUCAUUUCCUGCGGAUCUGAGAGUUUUUUCUUGUUUGAUGCACUGAAAGAAAAACGAAGUGGGAUAGAAACAUGACAUUUUCCGACUGGUGACCUUUUCGGGAACACGAAGAACGAAUAGGAAAGGAACGUAUAGAAAUAAAAUUGCAGGAAUGAAAAGAAAUGUUUGUUUCUUAUCAAAUUUAACAAGGAAUGCUUUUGUUCUAUAAUUCUCUACAAAAAAAGGGAAUGGAGAGGAACAAAAAGGAAAAACUAUUCCUUGUGAAUGGUGAUUUUUUUUUGGGAAUGAUAAGGAAUUCAGUGUUCCCCUCCGUUCUUUGGUCACCAUUCAAAGCAUAUUAUAAAGACACACAAACAUAGGCUAGCUGAUUACAAAUUACACAUGAGAUAGUUUGACAAUAGAUAUCAAUAAUCAUUCUUAUAAUUUUUUUUAACUACGUAAUUCUUAUUAAAAUUCUCUAUAUCAGGCAUCAUUACAAUAAUUUCGAACGAAGAUUCAAGCAAAAUUGAAACAACCAUAAAGCUUGGUAGCUUUGAUUCCACAAACUAUAUAUAAGUUUUUGGAUGUAACUCCGGAUCCUAUGUCAUCAUCACCAUUAAGUUUGUAAUCUGCUUAAUACCUAAGAGAAGUAAUUAUGUUCUUGAUUAGUUUGUUGAUAGCACUGAUCAUUUGGUAUGUCCCCUUCAAUCCUUGCUGAUGCCUAAGAGCAUUGUGUUCUCUCCAAACAUGAUACACCACAGCCUGAAACACAAAUUGAAUGAGUAUUUGGUCCACUUUAUUGGUCGUUCCUGGUGCAAUCUGGAUCAGCUUCAAAAUCAAUUUUUGGAAGUCAAUACAUGAACCAGAAAGGUAAAGGAUCAUAUCACGGUUUACUGGGCUUAUUGGAGAGCUAAUUAGCAUUAUUCAUGAGGUAUUGGCCGAGAGAAGGCUAUUGGCCUUGAUGAGGCAUUUAUGAAACUUAGAGUGAUUAUAGACCAGAAUGGACGACUAGAAGGCAACCUAAUUGACCAGAAAAUUGUAUGGACAAACCGGGAUGGCCGUUGGGCGAGUUGGAUGGUGUGUUCGGUCCAACUCGCCCAUUCGGCGAGUUGGAUGACUUGUUUGGUCCAACUCGCCCGUUCGGCGAGUUGGACGAUAAAGCCUUAUAGUUAUUUCAUUGUUUCGAUGCUCAGGAUCCGUUUGUCCGAGGAUUUGAGUAACUUUUCUCGUGGGCUUAUCGUAUGAAUCCUUUUCAGAAUUCAUACGAAACUCAAUUUCGGUUUUCCAUUUUUUUUAACUAUUAUCUCUUUCUUAAAGAGAGAUAUUUUUUGAGAACUUUUUGACAUUGAUUCCGUCGUGACCGAUUUUAACUCCAACAAUUAGCGCCCCAGCUCGCUAGAAUUUUUGCGGUGUUCAUGCGGAUGGUUAGGCAGGUCAGGUAAGUUAGGCGGAAUUAAUGGAUGGAAAUGGUCUGCUCACUCUACUAAAAGUGGAGUGCAAUAAGAUUAGGGCUGCACCUUGUGAAGGCUGCCUACGUACCCUUGUCGAAGGGAUCAAGCUUUUCGUAGUUCAUCCUGGAAUUAAGAUUCUUAUGACCUGUUUUCCAGUGAGACCUUUACGGUCCAGUUUAUAUAUCAUGUAGAGGUUAUCAGGCAUGUUGCUGCCGAUGGCAUUUUAUAUUGGACCUUUGUCCGCCUUGAGACUAGCUUUGUUGGCUGUUCUAAUGAAUUGAGUUUAGAAUUUUAAGAGCAUGUUUGUAUUCGUAUGAAUGUAGAGGGAAGUUUAUAAGUUGUCAUCUCAUAUUCUAACUCUUUGUUAGAUCGUUAUAAUCGAUGUUCGUUUUAGUUGAAAAUGUUCGAAAAUUUUGCUUUUUGGAAUUUCAUGAACGUUGGAACACAAACGAAGAGACAUAUUUUGGGAUCUCGUAUCUUUCGAUAUCAUGCCUAGAGAUGUUAGAGACCAGUGUGAUGGGUUUAGGGCAUGACCUAGGCUUAUUUCUUGUUUUAGGGUGUGCGAUGACUAAUUCGGCUUACGUAUCCUAUUACAGUUUCAGCCUGAUUCCAUACCGAUUUAAAGUCCGCGAUAUGUUCUCGGCUUAUACGACUUGUAUGGUUGGAACCGAGCAUCUCUCCAAGGAAAAUUUCUAAGUCUCCUGGAAUUGCUGACCACAAUUUCAGAUUUAUUUUAUAGCGCUACUAUCCUUGUGUCGGAUGUCUGAGAGCUAUCUCUAUGAGAUGGCUAGGUCUGUUUAGGACGUUAAGAGUUUUUUGUGAUCAGCAACAAACAUAAUGGUAGAUAUUACCGUUUUUGAAACUUCGCGAAGAUUACGUGUUUGAGAAGAUGACUAUUUGGUCUUCCAAGAAGGUGUUUUUUUCGAGGAAGGUAUUUUUGUCGAAAAAACUUAUUCUUCAAGCAUCUGCGACGUCUCGCGAUGUUGAAGAUUGAUUUUUAUUUUGCAUGCAGCGUUUUGUGGAUGAAAUAUUUGCGGGCUUGAAGAUGUUUUGCGGUAUUGCAAGAGUUUAGUCUUAACCCUAUGUCGGAGAAACAUUUUUGCUUUGUCUGGCGCGGAUGUUCGCAACCAAAACAGUUGUUGCUGUUUAGAUGCUAAUAGUUUGAUUUGCGAUCGAGGAAUUAGGACCGAGGGGUCUUGUAAAUUUGUCCAUGGGAAGAAGUGUUUCCUUUCAUAGUGCUUUGUGAAGUUUUGGCCUUCCGAGAUAUAUUUCGUGCAUUUUUGAGGAUGUUUAGUAUAACUCUAGGAGCUUUGUUAGAAAUUUUUUCUUAUAUGCCGCGUGUUAGGGGUCAAACGUAGCGGGCUUAAAGUAAAUUGUGGAACAUAUUGAACUUGGUCGCUUGUCGACGAGUUUAGGUUUUCCGUUAACCGUUUGGUUGUUAGGACUGAGUUUUGUUACGAAGAAUUUAUCAUAUGAUUUCCGACUAUGAGUUAUACGAUAAUUAUUUUUUUAAUAGUCCCAUGACGUUUUUAGAUAAAUCGCAGAUUGUCGUUUAGCCGUUAAGUGAUGGAGCGAUGGUUUCUCAAAUACUUUGGCUUGGCAUGAACGAUGUGUUCACUCAGAUAGCCAAGGACGUUGUAGGUCAAGGAUUAGACCAUGGUACUUUCGUGUUAACAUUAAGGUCAUGUUAGUUUACGAUUGUCCAUAAAGAGGAUGCUGAAUUCUGGUUCAGACUUUUACUGGAAAGCGUAAUUGACCGAGGGCCAAAGAGCGCUUGUCGAGAUUGACAGGCUAAGUUUGCCGGGGUUAUCCAUGUUAAGAUGAAUGUUUUGUAUAAUGUUACAUAUAGUCUUAUGAAAAUUGAUUAGUUUUUGUCUGAGAAAGACGAAGCCUAAGAGGUUUGAUACAUAACCAGUGCGGAGUCAGUUUCCGGAUGAUUGCCUGCUCGGAUGUGACCGAGGGAACGAAAGGCAGAAGCAAGCGAGCCGCAGGGCUAAAAAAUGAGAUCUAUUAGAUUGUAAUGCGAAAAGAUAGAGUUUAGAUUGAUCAUCCAAAGUCAGAUCUUACAGCCUUGUAUUUACUAUACGAAAAUUCUUUUGAAAGUUUUGAAAGUUUCUUCGUAUAACUUGCUCUGAUUGUACGAAGGAUUAAUCGCGUAAGUAAUGGGCGACCGGUUUUACGAAGGUUAUAAAUCGGUGAUAUAUAUACACAUGUCAAAGUAGAGUUGUUUCUGCGGGUUUUACGAGAAACGUUUCUGCUUUGAUUUCGAUCUUUCGUGAAAGUUGCUUGGAGUUACUCAUAGAGUGUUACCGAAGUUUAUUUCACUGUGAUCUAGUCACAGAACGUUUUUCAUAGGCUUUUGAGAGGAUUCUCAUGACAUAUUUGUUUCUGGAACGAAUUGGUCAACCAGCGGUAAAUCUAGCCAACGAUCGGGAAGAAAGUGUUUCCUUUGUUGUGUUCUCUGCUAAUUUUAUUCCGAUUUUUCUUUGUCGCAAAUGUUCUCGAUGUUUUUCCAUGACUCACUUGGUUCAACGGAAACAGAAUGAAAUGCUUUGAUGCGUGAAGAUUUCUCGUAUAUUUUUUGAUUUUUAUAAGAAACUGGCUUUAUAAAGCCAGAAAGGGCUUCAAGACUUUGCCUUAUCGUCGAGUUUCAGUUUGAUAUUGGUACAUGUUUUCUAUACGCAUGAUUGCGACAAGAAUGUUGUAUGUUUUAUGAGCUAAAUGGAUCCUUGACACCAUGUUUUCUUGAAUCUUGUUUACAUUCUUUUGUCCCUUCAUUUGAGCUUCUUCCCAGAAUAUAGAUUAUGUAUCUGCCAAUUGUAAAAUAUCCUGUGGAUCCUCAUCAAUAUUACGAUACUGUCUUUCAUUCCGACUUUUUCAAAUGUACCAUAAAAUCUAUGGAAAUGCAGCUAUCAAACUAUCUUUAGUUGUCCUAAAAAAGUCCAUAUUGAUAUAUAAGAGUGUUGUUGGAAAGACACUUGGGUUAGAUGGUAUAUGGGACAGUGCCCAAAGCUGCAUUCAAAAUUUGAAUUACUUUCUUUCUCUUGUUCUUUAAUUAAUUCUUUGUGGGCGAUUGCUAUUGAAGCAUGCAGAUUGAGUUGUUGAGUAAUUUAACAUCCCGGUUCGUCCAUUGAUUGAGUGAGACAAUCUCCUAUCCCAUUUUUCAUCCCCACUUCGUCCCACUGUAAUCAUCUAUAAGUUGGAAACUCUUGGUGAUGGAAUGAUUCCAAUCUUAUAUCACCCAUCUUCGGCUAACCAUUAUUUUGGGCCACAAUUAUUAGGUCAAUAUCUUGAACCCAUAUACACGUCUAAAUAUUUUCUUUUUGGGCUGUAUGGUCUUCAUGUUUCUAAUCGUUCAAACCCCAUCAAAACCUUUUUUUUUAAAUCACUUGGUCCGUGUAUGAAUCAUGGGUUCCUCUGAUACAAGUAAACAUUCCUCAUCCAUCAUCUUGAUCAAUUUGCAUCAUAAACUUAGGAUGGUUAUUAAAAUGAGGUAAUUAUUACAUACUAAUGCUUUUCACUACGGUCGUUAGGUUUGAAACUGUAUUUUAUCAUAUAUAUAUACAAAUUUUCAAUGUAUCGAAUUAUAAUUUUCUUGACAACUAUGAUUUGCAAUAUUGAAAACACAUGGAAACCGAGCAGCUGCAAAGGAAAAGAGAGACAACUUAACUUUAUUUUCAUCUAGUUUUAAUAUAAUAUCCCAAUUCUCUAUAAAAUAAAAAUUAUAAUUUGUAAGAAAAUAAUUAUACGGGCUGGUUAUUCGUCAGCACCAGUUUAGCUUUAUAAAAAAACAGAUAUAGACACGUGUCAGUGAUCGUCAGGUUAUACGACUUAGCACUAAAUCAAGGAAUUUUUCACAAUCUCAUUCUCAAUCUCACGACAAAUGUUACAAUACUCAAUAUUUUCUUAUCUUUUGGAUAUGAUUAGCAAACCUUUUAUGUUUUUAUAUCCACUCAGUAUUUUCUUAUCUUUUAUGUUUUUAUAUCCAUACAUUAUUGAUAGCGUGUAAUUUUACAUUGGUAAAAAAAAAUAUUUUCUACAAUAUUGAUAUAAAACUGAAAAUUUAUGUAAAUUAGCAUUAAAAUUUUCAAGCAGAAAUUAAUAAUUUUCCAAUUUUUCUUAAGAAAUAAAAUUUUCAGGUUUCUUCUAUAUAAUGAAUUUGGCUUUAUACACUACUCAUCAAGAGACUUAAAACUUAGGCUUCAAUCAUCUUAACCACAGAUCAUAUAUUUUAUGAUGGAAUAUGAUAAUGUAUAGUUUUACUAUUAUCGACACGCGUCAAUAAUCGCUAGGUUAUAUUAUUUAGGACCAAAUGAGCUAAAUUUUAUAUUUUUUCUUAACCACAUAUAAGAGACUUUAAGAUAGAAUAUGAUAAUGUAUAAUUUACAUUUAGCGACACGCGUCAAUAAUUGUUAGGCUAUAUUAUUUAGGACUAAAUGAAGUAAGUCUUUCGUAAUUUUAUGAUGAUAUCUUUUGGAUAUGAUUGCUAAAUUUUAUAUGUUUUCUUAACCACAUAUAAGAGAUUUUAUGAUAGAAUAUGAUAAUGUAUAAUUUACAUUUAGCGACACGCGUCAAUAAUUGUUAGGCUAUAUUGUUUAGGACUAAAUGAAGUAAGUCUUUCGUAAUUUCAUGAUGAUAUCUUUUGGAUAUGAUUACUAAAUUUAAUAUGUUUUCUUAACCACAUAUCAGAGAUUUUAUGAUGGAAUAUGAUAAUGUAUAGUUUUACUAUUAUCGACACGCAUCAAUAUUCGCUAGGUUAUAUUACUUAGGACUAAAUGAGGUAAUUUGUUUUCAUGAUCUCUUAUGAUUUCUUUUGGAUAUGAUUCGCAAAUUUUAUAUGUUUUCUUAACCACAUAUCAGAGAUUUUAUGAUAGAAUAUGAUAUGUAUAAUUUUACAUUUAGCGACACGCGUCAAUAAUUGUUAGGCUAUAUUGUUUAGGACUAAAUGAAGUAAAUCUUUCGUAAUUUCAUGAUGUUAUCUUUUGGAUAUGAUUACUAAAUUUUAUCUGUUUUCUUAACCACAUAUCAGAGAUUUAUGAUAGAAUUUGAUAACUUUUAAUUUUACAUUUAUCGACAAAUAUAAAAAAUUAACUUAUUCAAGAUUCUUCUAUAUAAUGAGCUUGGGUUGAUACACUACUCAUCAAGAGAGCAUUUUCUAAGUCUACAAUCAUCUUUGCCUUUAAACCUCUGAGUUGCUUCCCCUUCGAUUAGCUAGCUGGUAAGAAAAUCACGUACAACAAUUCACAAAGACUUUUCUUUACGUCUUUUAUGUUGUUCAUAAGUUUGUUAUUUUUUUCUCAGCUAUGGAAACCGAUGGUCAAUCACUUUACGCUGUUCUCACAACAAAUGAAGUUGGUGAGAAGAUGACGAGGGAAAUCAACCAGAUCUCGGAAGUCUUCUUGCUGUCCAAAUCUGAUGCAACCUUAAUCCUAAUCUCUCUCCGUUGGAACUCGUUCAAGGCUUCAGACCGUUUGGGCGACGACAAGGAGAAACUCCUCUCGGACUUAGGUUUGGUUAAAGUUUUCAGUUCGUGUCAAGAAAACGAUUCUGUGUCUUCUUUCGCAGGUCAAGAAAAUCUGGUCUCCACACCCUUUUGUUCACACAAGUUUUCUGAAACUUGUUGGAGAAGUCAUCUCAACAACCUUCUGACGGAGGAGGAAGAGAGAGUCGUCCUUUGCCCUAACCCAGACUGUGUUGCUCCAGUUGGACCCGAUACGAUUGAGAAACUCACAGAACCAGCUGUGAAGAUGAUGUACAAUAGAUACGUUCUGGGAUCUUUCGUGGAGGCCAACAAGGAAUCGAUCAAGUGGUGUCCUGCGCCAGGUUGCGAAUACGCCAUCGAGCUUCAUGAGGAUCUGUUGGAAGAUGAUGAUCUUGACUUUGGUGUGGUGUGUUUGUGUGGUCACACAUUCUGUUGGAGUUGCACGCUCGAGUCACAUCGACCCGUGACCUGCAACGAUGCUUCUGUUUGGUUUAGCUCCACCUUGGAUACGUUAAAGAGCAAUGCUUGGCUCCUUGAAAACACCAAACGUUGUCCUAACUGCAACUGUCACGUGCAGAGGACCGAUGACCCUGUUUUGAGAAUGAUAACUUGUAUCUGCAGUUGUAGCUUCUGUUGGCGCUGCUUACUGUCAGAGGAAGAGCACAACGGAAACUGGAACUGUGUUGAACUCUUGUUUCAACUAUCAAUGAAACAAGUGGAUGAUUCUAGUUACCUGCGUCUGUGGGAGACAUGUCUUGAAGAGUAUGAGAAUUCCAAGUCGGAUCUCAAAGCCAUAGAGGAGAACGGCGUUCCAAGACUGACGGAUAACAGCAGUUUUAACGAGCAAGACGUUGAUGCUGUAAAGGAAGCAACUCUGCUUAUGGUCCAGUGUAGGCUUGUAUUGAAAUGGAGCUGUGCUUAUGAAUAUUUCAUAGCCAUGUACCAAAGCCCCAAGACGCAGUAUGUGAAGCACCUUCGAGGAGAAGCUCGAAAGACACUUCUUAGGCACAAAGCGACUCAAGAAGAGUUGAUGAAUAAAGCUCUCACAUCUGGUGAUUUCAGUUCCUUCAAGGUCGAGUUGUCUUACAGUUCAACAAUCACUGGUAACUACUUCCAUGAAUACGUCAAGACUCUUGAAAGUGGUUUUCCUGAAAUUCAGGUUGACACUUAGUUCCAUAUGUAAUUUAUAAGAUUUUCUCUGGAUCAUUUGAAUGUGAUUGUACUUUGAAGACUUUUGAAUAAUUAAGUACCUGUUCGUUUUUGUAUUCACCCUGCAUAUUCAGAUGUUGUUCGUUUGGACACAAUUGCAUCAGCAUGUAGAUGUAGCAUCUAUAAUAUCUAGAAUACCUAGAUAUUUCAGAUACUAAAAAAUAUAGAGUUUGGAUGCUACAUUUGCAUCUCAAAAUCCAAAGACUUAAAUACCUUUAAUAUUAAAAUAAAAAAUUAAUUAAAUUAGUUAUUAUAACGAUUAUAUAAUACUUUUAAUCGGAAAAUCACAUUUUUCACUAAAAACAAAAAAUCUCAUUUCCCCCAAAACCGAAAAUCGUGUUUUUUCGCUUAAAUUAUAAUUGUAUUUUUUUUCUUCAAAACCGGAAAAUCACGUUUAACUUGCUAAAACAGCAAAAUCACGUUUUCACGCCAAACCAGGCAAUCAUGUUUCCCAGCCAAAUCCCGAAAACAUUUCCACGAAAAUCAUGUUUUGCCGCAAAACGUAGAAAAUCAUAUUUGUCCGCCUAAACCUGAAAAUUAAUAUAGAAGUUGUAUCGGUCUCUUGUGGUUGAUGAAGCUCUCGAAAAAAUAAGCUCUCACAUGACCUUUGGCUCUGAAUAUCAAUACCUCAUCAAACAUGAACAAGACGACAAAGGUAGUUAUUGAAGACGAAAAAACUUCUUGCCAAUCGAAGUGAUGACUAAAUAAGACACGUUGUACUAGGGUGGACAAAAUAUCUGAAAUUCAUAUUUUACUGUAAUCGAUUUAGGUUUAAUCCAAAAAAAAAAAAGAGAUAUUCAUAGAUUCAAUAAAUAAAAUAAAACAAUAACAUUUAAAAAAAAUCAGAUAUGAUCUAUAUGCUUAUAAAUACAUGCGUAUAAAAUUAUAUUAUUACAACAUUUCAACAUAUACUUUACAUUACUUUUAUUUUAUAUUAAAUAUUAAUUUUUAAGUUAAUUUUUAUGAAACAAGUUGAAUAUUUAGUUAAAAAAACCUAUAUUUUACCAGUUAUCUAAACACCAGAUUUCCGGAUGAUAUCAGACUGGAAUAAAUCAGAAACUUGUUUUUUUGCUAAAAUUUGUUGCAUUAAUUUAAAUUUUUUAGAAUUUUCUCUAAUCCGGUUUAUAGCGGGCCUAAGCAAUAAUCCUAGAAUUGAGCCAGAUUGAGAGCCUUAACUGAAGGACCCUAGGAACGGAUCACUCUUCCGGUAAGGAUUGGAUAUGAACAGAACUGAUGGAAUGAUGGGUCGCACAACAGUUGCGGAAAGGCUGCUGAUAUUCCCGAACUACUUUGUUGCCGGAUAUGACGCACCGGUCCAACAAAAGAGCAAACUCGGUCCGUUGCUUUAUAUGACGCACAAAUCCAACGAGAAAAGAGGUGUCAACUUGGACCUAACCACACCAAAAAAGCGAGAAGUGUUAUAAUCAAAGAACAAAGAGUAUAAACUUAAAUAAGAAGAAGAAAAUCGAUUAUCAUUUCAUAAGAAAAAAGUUACAUACUUAUAGAGUUUUGUAGUCACAUACAAUAAUGAGAAUUGUGGGAAAACAAGACACAGGAAAGAUAAAUUUGACUAGAUCUGGCCAAGGUACGGAAAAUGGAGAAGACUAGUCAAGAUGACCGUUCGGCUACUGUCCAGGUUCAUCCGAACUGGCUGUGUCCAAUGCGGUAAGGAUCAGUACGUGCGCGGGACGAUCAGUAAGGGCUACGGGACGUUCUGAUCGGACAAGUUGUGUUCCAGCAUGACCCAAGUCUUCAGAAAGCUUAAGGAUCCUUGCCUUAGAGAAAUAUCCAAAAGAGAAGUCCAUCAUUGGAUCGAACAAGGAAGCAAGAUCAUCAGAACGGUCGCCGGUGCAUGUGGUACGAGCCAAACGGGCCAAAAGAGAGAAGCUGCGGUCUUAAUCGGAAUUGGCUCGUCCUAAGUUGAUUCUGGCUUGACCAUCAAUCUUAGCUUGUCGAGUUGGUCGGGAAAGAUGAGCUUCGGUACAGUCAGUUCAGUCGCCUAGUCGUGGUUCAAGCUGAAGUUCCAUUCCGGACGAACGCGGGUUGAUCCGGUACACGGCUCGGUUGGUCUGUCCGGCACGGUCGAACGAGUGAACCUCGGUUGAAAUGUUCAGUACGUCCUGAUCUUCAUGCUGGUCUGAUUCCACGGACUGAUCUACGGACUGAGGCACAUCAUUAACCAAAAUGAAUUGAACAAGAUAACCAAAAGAAACUGGAACAUACAAGUUGGUGGAAACCAGAACAUACCUGUUGGUGGAAACCCUAGCUACGGGGUACAUGACCGCUGCUUCCGCUUGGAGAACCACCGCUUGCAACCUUAGAAACAGAAGACCGCUUUGAGGAGAGAGAGAGACAGGGGCGAAGCCAGACCUUUUUCAUACUGGGUGCACAUAAUUAAAUAGUUGAUAUGUAUAAUGACAAAAGUUAAAAAACGGGGUAUUCGAACCCAUGAUCUUGAGUAAUUGUGGGUGCACCUUAACUAAGUAUGCCUCUUUCACAUAACAUGUCCAAUGUAAAAAAUUUCAAUUAAUAAAUAACAAUGGGUGCAUGUGCACCCCUUCCUUCCAACCUGGCUUCGCCCCUGGAGACGGACCAGAAUACCUCAGACUCAAGCAUCUUAAUAGCAACCCACAGUGUGAAGGAGAAGCACCUCACUGCGAAUCAGAAAACUUCCACAGUGAGUUUCUAAACUUAACGGAGAGAGGUCCAGACUAUCAAGAAAAGUAACAACUUAAUCUAUGAGUGCUAAUGGAGAGAGAGGUAGAGGAGAACCCUCGGUUAGCUUCACUGCCAGAGAGCGACACCGACCUCACAUCUACCGUCCUCAUGCAGAUUUAGUCACAGAAGACACCCAGCAAAAGCACACCACGAGUUCACACUUCACUUCACUACACCCACAACUUCAUCACCACCGUAGCUCCUUCACCGACCACUUCACAGAUCUCGAAGCAGACCACAAGACGAAGGAGAGAAGAGAGAGAGAUCGUCACCAGCACUAAUCCUCAGAGCAUCGCAACUAGUCACCUGCUCUCCAAGCCUCGCAGACGUAGCUCCACCGGAGAACCAAGAAACCCCCAUAACUCGCGUUUGAUUAAGGACCUCACCCAUGGAUGAAGAAUUGUUAGGAGCAAAAAGGUGGAGGCGAGGUUCCUCUCACGACGCCAAGCGCCAGAGAAGCAGAAACGAAAGUAAGUUGAACGGCAGCUAGGGUUUUAUUUUUUUAUUCUACAGAGAUGAGAGAGUAUUUUCUCUCCUUUUUUAUUACUCUACAAGAAAAAAAAGUUAGAAAAUUGUUGACAUGGCAAAACGAAUCAGGGAUUCCUUAAAAAAUUCAGAUAUUUGUUUCAUACCCACCUAAUUACACCAGCACUGACAAUGACAAAUUGAACAUCUUCGAGACAUUGAUGCAUUUAUUCUUUUCUACUCUUGACGCUCUAGUGAAAUUUCUUAUACCAUUGGUCCAUAAUCCAUUGUUAAUCGAUUUUUUUUAAAUCUCAUUGUCUACAUAACAUGAGGGUAAAACAAGUUUUCCAUAUUAUUUUCAGAUUCAUAUCUAGUGAUUUAUUUGGGUCGUAAUCUGACCAGUCCAUAUAAAAAACUUAGGCCCAGAGAAAGAGUAGUUGAUCAACUCCUCUUCUCUGCUCCCACUGCAUCUUCCUCGUUCCCAUCUGCCAGUUCAUAGACAGUGGCGCUUGAUCUCUCAGUAAUGGCAGUACCAAAUGAGACUUGCACGAGAAUUUCCUCUUCACCGAACUCCAACAACUAGUCAACCAUGGAAAGGUGGUUUCAAUAUCCGCAAACCAUUUUUUUUUCUAAGUUUUCAAUAACUUUUUCAGGAUUCUUCUAUAUAAUGGGCUUGGCUUUACACACUACUACUCAUCAAGUGUUUUCUUUAAACAUAAGUCUACAACAAUCAUCUUUGUCUUCGAACCUUGGGAAAAGUGUCAAUUUCGAUCCCAACAAUUUAGGUCAUGCCAAAUACGACACGAACAAUUGAUCAGUGCUAAAUACGACUUCAACUCAAUAAUAAUUCAAAAAAACUACCAAACUUUUUAAAACGUGCUUAAUUCUAUGUUGACUCUAACAGAAGUUAGUGAAUCGUUAACAAGAUAAAAUGACGUUGUUUUGAUAUACAAGGAAAAGUGUCAAUUUCGACCCCAAUACUCUCAGUCGUGCCAAAUAGGACCCGAACAAAUGGUAAAUACCAAAACCGACCUCGACUUAAUUAUAAUUUAAGAAAAGCUACCUGAAUUUCUUAAAACUUACAUAAAUCUACAUUGACUCUAACAGAAGUUAGUCAACCAUUAACAAGAUAAAACGACGUCGUUUUGAUAUAUAUAUAUAUAUAUAUAUAUAUAUAUAUAUAUAUAUAUAUAUAUAUAUAUAUAUAUAUAUAUAUAAUUUAUUUUUAUUUUUUUCUAAAAAAACUGUUCAUUCCAGAACUCAAAUCGUGUUGUGAUACCCUUUUAAAGGGGCACACUAACAACUAGAUAAAAGUAACUUUUUGAAAUAUUAGUACAAAUUUUAAAUUAUAUAAACUACUAUUAUUCUUCAUCUUAUCCAAUUUAAGAUUUUGGUGACAAUUUUUUCUGAUUUAUAUAAAUACAUUAACAUGUUUUUUAUUUAUCAUAUCUUUAAUAAACUUAUAUCUUACUAAAAUAUAAAUGAUAAAAUAUUUAUUAUUAUAUGAUCUUAAAUAGACUUUAAGACGUUAAUUUAUUAAUAAAAUUCUUAUAUAAAUUAUUUUUAAUUUUUAAACUUAAGUGGUAAUUUUUUUAUUUUUUCAAAGUUAAUACUAUAGAUUAUGUUAAGAGGCCUUUUACCUUUCUUUCACUAAGAUAUCUUGUAAACAAUAUUAAAAAUAUUAAAAAAUAACUAAAAUAUAUAUAAGCAAUCACCAAAAUUUUAAAUUGGAAAAGAUGAAGAAGAAUAGUAGUUUAUAUAAUGGGGAAUUUCAAUUUGUAAUAAUAUUUCAAAAUAUUAUUUUAGUUUAGUUGUUAGUGUGCCCCUUUAAAAAGAGAUCCCGACACGGGUUUGUGUCCCGAAAUGAACAUAUUUUUAAUAUAUAUAUCAAAAUGACGUCGUCUUAUCUUGUUAACGGUUAACUAACUUCUGUUAGAGUAAGGUAAUGAUUGUUUCCCCAGGUUUUAGAUUUUAGUUUUUGGUUUUUGGGUUUUAGUUUUUGGUUUUUAGAUUUUAGGUUUUGGUUUUUUGGAUUUUGAUUUUGCAGUGGAUUUUGGGUUUUUGAAAAACAUGAAUGGUUGUUUUAGAUUUUGGUUUUUAGUUUUUGGUUUUUGUUUUUAAAACUAAUAGAAUGAAAAUAUUGUUCAUAGUAAAAUAUUUAUUCUGCAAAAUAAUAAAAUAUAAAAUAUUGUCAUCAAAACACAUAUAAAUUUAUUUAAUAAAAUUAUUUUUUAAAAAACUGUAAAUAAAAACUGUGGUUAAAUGCAAACAUAAUUUUUAUUUAUAUAUUUUUAUGGUUGUAUAUUUUCUGUAUUUUUUUAGUUUUUCUAAAACUAAUGAAAUGAAAACAAUAAAGAUUUAUUUUAAAUUUUGGUUUUUUAUUUUAGUGUAGUUUUAGUUUAAAUAUAUUUUAUAACUUUGGUAAAAAUGUAUAAUUGUUUUGUAAUUCAAACAUUAUAUAAUAAAAUUAAAAGCUUGAUUUAAAAAAUAAAAAAUUAAAUUCCAGUGUAAUAAAGGUAUAGUACUUAUAACUAAAGAAAUUAUUAUACUUUUCUUUAAUAUUUAUGGUAAAAAUAAUGACUAAAAACUAUAAAUUAACUUAGAUAAAAAUUAAAAUAACUUAAUUCGUAGAGAACAUUAUUAUUUGUAAGUUUUUUUGUUUGUUUUCUAGAAUGGCAUAUAUAUUUAUAUAUAUGAAAAACUAAUUUACUGAAAGAAAAUGAAAUCCGUCGUUUGGAAACCAUAAAAGCACAUAAAAAGUGAAUUUUGGUUUCUAUAUAUAAAAAUGGUGUAGGGGUUGAAAAACGGGUUUUCCUAAAAUAUAGGAAAUCUAUUUAGUUAAAUUUUGAUUGGGUAAAAGUAGAUUUUGGAAAAACAGAACCUAGAAUCUAAUCCAGAAUCAGCAAACAAUCAACCUCUCAAUGUAGAUUUAUUCAAGUUUAAAAAAAUUUGGACAAUUUUUCUUAAAUUAUAAUUUAGUUCAGGUCAUUUUUGGCACUGAACAUUUGUUCGGGUCCUAUUUGGUAAGACUGAGAGUGUUGGGGUCAAAAUUGACACUUUUCUUCGUAUAUCAAAACGACGUCGUUUAUCUUGUUAACGGUUGAUUAACUUCUGUUAGAGUCAAUGUAGAUUUAGGCACGUUUUAAGAAGUUCAGGUAGUUUUUUUGAAGGAAAAAAGUUUCCUAGCUACACGAAAUUUACUAUAAUAUGGUGGAAACCAUCCAAUGUAUGAGAAUGUGUCUACAACUACACGAAGUUUAUGUUAAUACAUUUCACAUGUACGAAGUAAAUAAUAAUAUGGUGGCAACAUCACAAUCGGGUUUAAUUGAUUUUAAGCUAAGUUAAUGGGGUCAAUCUAUAAUUUAUUAAACUUAAAAAAUUUAAUGAUUUAUUAAGUUUAAUAAACUUAAUUUAUUUUGAUAAUCUAUAUACUAUACUAAAAGCACAAUAUACUCAAUGGUCAUGCUGCCACGUCUUCAAAAAAAAUCAGCCAAUCAGAAGCAUUUAAUUAGACACGUCAGACAGGUCUCACAGUGUGGGCUUCGUCCAAAGUCGAGCAUGUCACCGUGUGUUUGUGUUUUGCGUUUUAGUUCCGCGUGUAUUGUUGACUUAUGACAGGUUGUGAUUUGCUUGGAUAUUGAUUUAUGGAAUGGGCUGGGCUGGUUUACUAACUAUUAUGUUUGUUUAUGUACAAAACCAUUGGUCCAAUAUAUACAACCAAAGCCUCUCUUCGUUAUCUUCCUCUUCCAUGUAGAGUAGGUUUCAGUCGGUUCAGUCUCCUCUGAGAAAUCAAAGUGACCCUUUCGGUUUCCAUGGAGCAGUGAAUCUUCUUCUACCUCUACAUCUCCCCAUCUUAACUCUUUGGAUCAUUAAUGCUUCAGAAUCCUAACAAUUCAGUUAUUCCUUCCUAUAUAACCUCAUCGUAAAAACUGAAACUUUACAUCUCAAAUCCAGUAAUCACCAUUACAGAUUUAGAGAAAUCUUCCAACCCUUUCUGUCAAGUGACAGUCUCACCAGAAGACGUCAAUUAAUUAAUUAAUCUGUUUGGUCUUCUUCAUCCUAGAAAGACAAAGUCCUUCGUGGAUUAGAUCGGGACGGCUAUUGCAGCUUCGAUUGGUGGAAGAGCUAUCUGACUCUGAUCCAAAAAAUUCCGGAGGCGGAUCAUCAGAAUUAUCACUGCCUGUUACCCUUCCUCUUGAUUCAUAUGCAAUCCCACAUGAAAACCCUAGGCAAACCCAUUAUCCAGAGAACUUGGGAGAGGAUGGUGUCAACUUUUACGCUUUGGGCUGUGAGUCACAGACUGUGACGUUGUGGGCCAGAUAAAAAGAGCAAAUGGAUGACGUGUUAGAGCUACACCAGUGUCGAAGAUCUGAAAAAAAGUUUCCAUGGCCACCGCUUCUGUCGUAUAUGACUCAGUGAACCUCUCCACUUAUCUGUUACACUUGGUAAACCUUCCACCCUAUUGAUUCAUCUGCUUGAAGAUGUUUCAUCAUCGUUGCUCACUGAAAGCAGCAGCAACAACUACCUUGAUUUAAUAAAGUGACAUAGCGGUUUGUGGAGGAAGCACUACAAGAGCACGGAGGAGAGAAGAUGAUAUUUCCAAAUGCAAGAAAGUGAUUCUGAAAAAAAAAAAGAGAAAGUCUGUUCUUCAGUUGUCUACGAGAUGAUUUUUGCUUUUAGCUGCAAGCAAAUAAUGAAAGUAUGAUUCUGUACUCAGAAGUCAAAAGGCUGGACUUAUCCACUCUUCUUACAAUUUAAAUUGCAUCUGAAUAAGAUUUGUUGUUUUAGCUACAUCUUACAUCUCUGAAUAACUCUUCUAAAACUGUACGAUAUUUUUGUUUUAAAAGCCUUUCCAACCUUCUUGGUUGUGAAAUGUUUUAGAUCAUUUGGAGGAGUAAUAAAGUUUAUAUGUUAUCACAAA